AUGGAAUCGUCUGCCAGCGCGAUGGAGCCCACUUCCAACAUCGCCAAAAUAUAUUUACUUCAAGAGGAUCGAGAGAAAAGUUUCAAACAUUGGCCAUUUACCACCGACAAACAAUGCAGCAUACAGAAGAUGGCAGAGGCAGGGUUCUAUUGGCAUGGAACGGAUAUCGAAAUCGACAUAGCCGCCUGCUUCGUGUGUGGCAAAGAGCUGGAUGGUUGGGAAGAAUCGGACGACCCGUGGAGCGAGCAUCGGAAACAUGCACCACAAUGUCCGUUUGUGAAAUAUGGUCGAGCGGAAGCGAAUUUAACGUGUGAAGAAUUCGUAAACCUUAUGAUGGCAACGUUGAAAAUGAGGUUUCAAAACAACUACACUACCCUUAAGACCAACGGCAAGAUGCUAAUAGAGAAGAAACGGAAGGAAAUGGAAAAACUGCUACGAACCAACUAG